AUGCACCUUUUCGUCAUCCUCCACGACGUCACUUACGGCGCAUGUCUCAUCUCGAAAGGUGCCGAACCACUUAUUAGUCAUGAUCUUCUCAUGAUGUCAUGUGCAACAUGGUACAAAGGCUCAGUGUAUGGUGCCUUCCGAAGAGAAUUUCUGCACGAAGCUGUCAUGGGAACAGCUGUCGGUCCAAUCCGUGACUUCAUGCUCAAGCUAAGAAACAUCAUGCAUCCGGACGACUUCUACUUCCCCAUUCUCGCUUACAACAGCAAACUCCGCCUGCCUGGGGCCUGUGUCAUCAGUGCAUCACCUCAUUCGGAAGUGGGCUACAACUACAUGGCCAGGUUUGUCAUUUGGGGAGGCUACAAUGUGACUUGUACUACUAAAUACGUCAGAGGUGUCUGCAUUCUUGGCACGGAUCAUGUGGCGCUGUUGCAGAGUGUGCCACACAUAUCUGCCAACAAGUUCCACGCUGAGUAUCAACCGGAGGCAUACGAUGAGAUGGAGCAAUGGUGUUCCACACAUGGAUAUCCAUCCUCCGAUAUUUAUGACAAGCAAAAUAAUGGUCCUCUUGCCACAGUCUUCAACCAGCAAGGUGUUCUCCAAACCAGCACUUGGAAUCUUGAUUCUGAGCUGCAAUGA